CCAGAUUCUACCACAACAUGAUUUCUGUGCAGAGAAGCUGUGAAAAUUGUUUUGUCGAUUGAUACCAAGCUGGGAAGUGCUGUUGACUCUCUUGAGGGACAAGAGGCUUUGCAGAUGGAUCUAGACAGAUUGGCUAUAAUUAAUGGGAUCAAAUUUAAGAAGUCAAAAUGCUGGAUUCUGCAUCUAGGACAGAGUAAUGCUAGGCACAAGUAAAAAUUGGGAGAGGAGUGUCUGGAGACACUUGAAUAUGUCCAGAGGAAAGUAACAAAGCUGAUGAAAAGACUGGAAGAUAUGUCCUGUGACGAGAGGCCAAGGACACUUGGUCUGUCAAUUUUGGAGAAAAGGAGGCUGUGAGGGGUGACCUCAUUGCUCUCUGCAGCUUCCCAAGGCAGGGACAUGGAGAGGGAGGUGCUGGUCAAUUCUCCCUGGUAUAGGAUAUGUAGGAAAGGUUCAAAGCUGUGUCGAGGGGAGUUCAAACUUGACAUUAGGAAACAUUUCUUUAUGAUACAGUGGCCAAACACUGCAACAGGCUUCCUAGCAAGGUGGUCAAUGCCCCAAGCCUGUCAACGUUGAAGAGACAUUUGGACAAUGCUCUUAAUAACAUACUUUGUCUUUUGGUCAACCCUGAAGAGGUCAGGCAGUUGGACUAGAUGACUGUUGUAGGUCCCUCUCAACAGAAAUAGUGUAUUCUAUUCUAUUCAUUUUCAGACAUAUACUAAAAGUUCAGAUGGUAAAAGACUUCAUGAAAUACUUCAGUACCUAAUUCUCUUGCUCAUCAGUAUUCAUUCACAGAUACAUCAGGGAGUAAAAGGAUUUUAACUCAGCCUUCUGCAAAACAAUAACCCAUUGCUUCUUUUUUCUUUUGCCUGAAAAAUCAAAGAGGGCAUAAAACAACACUUGACAAACACCAUCCAAUCAAGACAGAAAAAUGUAUAGAUUUGCAUUUUAUGGAACUCAUAGAUAGGUUUACAUGUGGGCCAUGUGAUAUGGGCUGGGAUGGCAGUCCUUCCUGCUUUGUGAGGUGGAGAUCAAGAUUCGUCUGCUACAUAGUCAAAGAACAUAAUUUUUAAGGCGGUUUCUCUCAUUAAAGCAAACCAGACCAAACAGAUUCGACACAGGUAAGCACUCCCUCACUGCUCACUCCGCCCCCUUUCCUGAGUUUCCUGCUUUUGUAGGACAGACCUAAAAGAGCUGCAAAAGGGCAGAAGGUGUGUGAUCGUCUAGAAAUUGCUGUGGAUUCAGAACCUGGAAAAACAAGGUUCUAGUUUCCCAGUGUUUGGUACCUCCUUUAUUGACUAGUUUCUGCUUUUUAGUUAAAAAAGAAAUCUUGGCUGUCUCCCUGCAAGAAAACUCAAGAGGAGGGAGAGUUUUUACUAAUAACCUAUCCUCAAGUCAGAACAGGAAGGUGUGGGGACAAAAGAGCUUGCACAUUUUCCUUUGUGAUGAAGACAGAAGUUAAAACAUGACUGCGCCUACCUACCAAAACCUCCCUCUGAUGUCUGUCCCCUUAACUGCUCAUCUGUUCUGGACUAUCUGCUACCACCAUCUAUACUACCAUGUGGUUAGAGACACACUGGAAGAACAUCCGCCAAGCCUUGUUGCUUCUUUUCACUGCUACUCUUCUCAUUGGAGUCACCAUGCUGGCUAUUUCAUCUAACAUCAAUCCAGUAGGCUAUUUCUUUCUAGGGGUAGGGGGAGUGUGCCUGAUUGGCUAUUUGCUGACUGCGUUUGUUGAGUGUUACCUGAGGAAUCAGCACCGAGAUGAUGCAAAUGAGAUACCUCCAAACAGGCAAAGUGAAGCAGGGGUGAAUGCUGCUUAUGAAGCACCUACCUAUGAGGAGGUGAUGAGCAUGUCAGUUCCAGCAAUAUGGACAAUUGCAUCCAAUCCAGGCUUAGUGCCUUCACCACUGAAUGAGCCUCCUCCUUACAACGUAGUUAUUGCAUCAUCUGCCCAAGAAGAGAUUAUGGUGGAAGCUCUCAGGGUGUCAGUGGUAUCGGACACAAUGCACACCUCCGAGACAGACACUGGCUCCAGAAUGCAGUUGCAGCUGGUCCUGCCCCCAAGACUGCAGCGCUUUGUUUCAGAUAUCCAUGAAAUGAAAGACACUGACAUCGGGCUUGAGCCACUGGAGCCACUCACUCCACCACCUGCUUAUGAGAGUGCCAUCAAUGAUGAGGUCUUUGAAGAUGCUUUCCAACCCUCUGUUUUAAUUGCACCUUCCAUGAAUGCAGAACCAAACUCUCACCCCAGUACAGGAUGCUCCUAGAGGGAAGGUGAAAGAGCUGAGAUUUUUCCACCUGAAAGUUUGUCUCACCAUUCUUUGAAGCAGAGCUGAACUAUAGACACAGCUUCUGAUGCCACUAGAAUAUUUUUUGCACAAAAAAUAAAACUAUGCAAUACCACAAUGUUUUGUCUUGGGAGAUAAAACCACUGUGAGGAAAGUUGUUUUAUAUAUGGCAACAAUUCUCAAACUGAAGAUACACCUUUAUGGAGGAGGAGAGUGAACCAGAAGAGACAAGAUUGUACUACAGCUUGAGCUAGUUUAUUGUCAUCAUAGCAAGCAUUUGCAGAGAAAGUUCAACACUUCCCCAGUUCUCUGUAACAAUGCCUUGCACCAGAAGCUUCUGUCUGGAUUCUGUAAAGGGCUAGUCUGUCUGCCAAGGCUAUAGCGGCAGUGGAGAGAAUCUGAGCGUAGCACUCCAGAGGAACAUGAGGACAUCAUCACGACGACUCUAAGUUUGAGCCCGGUUCUAGCUCUCACUGAUUAGUGAUGCUGUGUGGUCUUUUAAAAUAAGCAAGUUAAACUCAUAAGCUCUGCAGCAUUAAAGCAGUUUGCAGCAUGCAAGGAGACAUUCAUGUCUGGUGAAUGUCCAGAUUAAAAAAUAAAACAGUAGUUCAAAUCUCCUACAAAGGAGAGCAGUGAUCACCACAGCCUUGUCUCAUAUGACUGCAUCACCUUUAAUUCAUAUGAGGAACCAUCAAACCAUAAGCUAGAUGUAAAUAAAUUAUUUCUUAAUGUUUGAUUCUCUACAGUUCAAAGAAAAAAAGAAAAGCUUUUAUGUUGUUUUUAAAUAAA